GGAAAGUGUGCGCUAGGAUCACGUGACUUCAGGAGUAGCGAAUGAGAUGGCUACUUGCAGCUGUUCGGAGAGGCAGGCGGUCUAACUGAGGAGGAAGCUGGUGCCUGAGUCUCUCUUUCUAUCGUCAGUGGCGGCAGCAUGGCCCCGGCGCGGUACUGCGUUCCCGGUGAGAGACUCUGCAGCUUAGAGGAAGGGACCCCUGGCAGUGGCACCUACACCCAUCAUGGCUUUAUCUUUGCUUCUCUGGCAGGUUGUUUCAUGAAGAAAAGUGAGAAUGGCAUGCUACCAGUGGUCUCUGUAAUGAGAGAUGUAGAUUCUCAACUUCUACCUGAUGUGGGGGCUACAGUGACAUGUAAGGUUUGCAGCAUUAAUUCACGUUUUGCAAAGGUUCACAUCUUGUAUGUUGGUUCUACACCACUGAAAUCCCCAUUCCGUGGAACAAUACGGAGAGAAGAUAUCCGAGCUACAGAGAAGGACAAGGUAGAGGUUUACAAGAGUUUUCGUCCAGGAGACAUAGUUCUGGCCAAAGUUAUCUCGUUGGGGGAUGUACAGUCUAACUACCUGCUGACGACAGCAGAGAAUGAGCUGGGUGUAGUGGUGGCUCAUAGUGAAGCAGAUGUACGGAUGGUGCCAAUCAGUUGGUGUGAAAUGCAGUGUCCCAGUACACAUGCCAAGGAACUGCGCAAGGUAGCCCGGGUACAGCCUGAGUUUCUACAGACCUAAAUGGCACAUACCCCAAGAUGUAUAACUGGUACUGGCAAGAAUUACUCCAGGGUAGAGAGAAAGAAACCUCGGAAACAGUCCUCUUGAGUCACUGCUAAUUGUACAACAGAAAUAAACAUCACAAUCCCUAUGUUGCCUUCUGCCUUUGGAAGGCCCCAGGGAAAAAAGAUUUUACCCGUUUCCUCUAUUUUUAUGUCCUAAUUGUACUGCUUUAUAAACCAAUAAACUCUGUUCCAUAGUA